CCAGAUUUAUGGCUUUGUCAGGAGCCCUCAGACCUGGAGGUAGUGGAAACUUGGCCACUGACAUUUUCUGUUUCCUUCCGCUAGGUCAACGUGAUUUUGAUUUAGCUGAUGCUCUUGAUCAUCCAGAGGACAUAAUUACCAGGAAACCUACAGUGAUCAGAAGACCAACAAGAAGGCCGGUGCUGAAUAACGAUCUGCAUUUAGGAGAUGGUUUUGGUGGCGGUGACAUCUCAAGAAAACCUUUAUAUCCACCUCUUCCACCCCGACCAGGAAGCCACGGUGAUUCUGGAGGCUUUAAUGACUUAGAUCUCCUUGAUGGAAAGCCAUUACCACCACAUCUCUCAGGUGAAGGUGGGCGGCCUUUCAAUCAUGGAGGAGAUACUGAUUCGGGAUUAAUAGCUGGAGUUACAUCACCUAUAAUUUCUGCUUUUGUAAUAUUGGUUGUUGGAUCGAUAGCAGCCUACUCAGCUUACAAGAACAAGAAGCUUUGUUUUAAACCACAAGGUAAGAACAAAUUAGCUUCCCCAUUUUUGAGUUGA